AUGCUGACACCGGAGCCAGAAAGGACUGGCAACGAGUGGGACAGCCCUAGCACAGCGAUAGAUGACGAUGUCUUCCCAGGACCUCAAUCGACACAGGCUGCCUUUGAUGUGCUCGAGGCGAUAGCAGAGGAUCCUGCAGGGGCUGCUGCUCUGGAAGAGGAUGAGCAGGUCGUGGCAACGAUGCUGUCACUAGUGCAAAGGCCUGCGAGCAUCUCCAUUCGAGGACGCGCAGCUGCAUUGCUUGCUGAGGUCAAUGCAGAGACGUGUUACAGGCCCUUCGUGCAGGAGUGGCUGCCAUCGGGAGGCUAA